AUGUUUACAAAACACUCUAAUACAGAAAAAUUGAAAAGAAAUGCAGAAAUAGCUUAUCUUCAAGAAAAUUAUCCACAAAACUUGGUUCAAUUUCAAAAAAUAGGAGUAAAACUUCAAAACGCACCAGAAAAAGAAAAUGAAGUUGUUGUUGAACCUGAUGUACAUUUUCAAAUUGACGGUAAAGAAUAUCUUGUUUUUUUCAAUAACCGUUUAAGGGAAAUAAAUACAGUUUUAAAUCGUUGGUUAGAAAUUGAAAUUUCAAACAAUAGGUUUUCUAUGCCUGAUAGUAUUAAAAACAGUGUUAAACAGAUUGCAGAAAAAGGAGAAACAGAUAACGUAGUAACAGGAUUUUUAAAAGGAUUGGUUCGUGGUUUUAUUCCAAUUUAUGGACAAUACGAGGCAGGCAGAGGUUGCUACUAUGCGGUUUCAAGAAUGUUGUAUUCAGAAGUACAAGAAGAUAACGAUAGAAUCCAUAGACUAGCAUAUCAUGUUUAUAAAACAAAAGAGUUAAUUGAAAAAUAUGGAAGUGAAAUACGAUCAGGUAAAAUAUGUGCAAUAUGUAUUGAAAAGAAUUUCAAUGGGAAGAGUGAAUAUAUAACAAGCUGUGACGAUAAAUCAUAUCAAAAAUUAGAAUCAAAAUUAUUUGAAAUAAUGUCAUCUUACAAAAAUAUAGAUGAAAAAUUUAAUGAUUUAAAAAGAUUUUUGUAUAGGUGUGAAAAUAAUAUUCAACCUACAUUAGAUGAAUGGAGAAGAUUACAAUUUUGUUUUGUAAUUAAUAGAGUGAAUUAUUAUCUUACAAGACAAGAAGAAUUAUUAAACGACAAAUCAUAUGAAGAAUUAAAAACAAUGACAAUCCUUAGAAGUAGAUUGAACCAGCUUGCAAUUAAAUACAAACACUUGUAUUUAACAAAUACAGAAAUUCUUCUUGGCAUUACAAUGAAGCGAUGCAAAAUUCUUGUUAAUCAUAGAGAAUGUAAAAAAAUAUUUAUUGAAAGUUCAAGUGUGAGAGAAUUUUAUAAAAAGAUUGAUAAAAGGUUAAAUGCACUAUUCCAGAUUCUUACAAACAAAUAUUCAUUCAGUGAAUUAACAUUAGAAAAUAUUAUAGAAACAGCACAGAGUUUAAAACUUGAUAACAAUCAAGAUUUAAUAGAUAAAAUGAAAAAAGAAAUAAGUGAAUUAGAAAAUAAAAGAAAAAAGUUAUUGGGAGAUGCAGCAACUGAAGUUGGAAAAGUAGUAAUUCAGAAAGUAGAAGAUAUAUCAGAUAUUGCUUUUUUAUUUCCUGAUAUUUAUUCAUUAAUAAAGCAAUUUAAAAUAGAAGAUAUAAUAGAUUAUAUGUGUACACAAAAUAAAAUAACAUUCCCACAACAAGGAGGUAAUGGUACUUCUCAGACAAAUUGUCAAAAUAAUACACCACUUGGAAGAGCAUUAAAAGCUAUCAACCUUACUCCAGAACAAUUAGAUAAAUUACAUUCGUCAUUUAAUAAUUUUGUUGAUGCACAAUCAUCAACAUGUAAAAUUGAAUCAAUUAAAGAACGAUUAAGUGUAUUGGAAAAAGUUCAAGAAUUAUCAAAUGAUUUUAUCAACUUACUCAAACUUAAAAUAGAAUUGCAAAGAGAAUGGUUAUUUGAUGAGAUUGAUAUUAAUGAAUAUUUAGGAAUUAUUGUUACCGAAGAUAAUAGAUAUGUUGUUAAUGCAGGAACUAGUUUUGAACUUAAAACUAAUUACAAAAUAUAUGAAAUAGAGAAAGUACUAAAUUAUAAUGAAGGAUAUGAAGAAUAUUAA